CGAGCGCCCGAGCCCCCUUCGUCUUCCUCCUCGCUCGAGCGCCUCCACCGAACCGCAGCUACUACUACCGCGUCGUUGCUGAAGAUGGCGGGAUUCCGGGCGCUGGCACCCAAGACGAAGAACCUUGUGGUGGCCGGAGGGCUGACCGGCUUCGUCUUCGGGGUCUACUACUACACCAUGAGGGCGGUGGGGGGCACGGACGAGCUGCAGGUCGCCAUCGACAAGUUUGAAGACCUGAAGAAGAAGGACACGGCCGCCUCUGCUGCCACAAACUCCUCCACCCCAGGAUCUUCAUAGAACAACGCUUUAAAUUCCCCCCGCGCCGAGCUUUCAUCUAGUUACUUCAGUACAUGCCUGGAACCAUGCUUCUGUACGAUAUGCUGAUGAUAAUAAUAACAACAAACCGGUGCUAUUAUUAGAUAGUGCUUCUGCCAAGACUUGAUGCAGUAGUAAUCUGGAGUAUUUUGGCGCCAACGGUAGCUACUAGGAUGUCUACAUUGUUAUUUUCUGAAAGCUGUUGGUGGUAUUUUGUGAUAGCUGAUUUUACUAUCCAAAUUUCCAAUCA